CACCGGCAUUCCCGUCAUGCAACGCGAGGCUAUUACUUGCUAGCAGAAAAAAAAAUAGUCCGGUGGUUAGCUGAGCCAAAGUGAACGGGCUGUGUGAGAAGGAUAGUCGAAGAGAAAUCUCGAUAUUUCCAUCUGAAUCGAUAGCUCUAUAAUCGCAAACAUGAACGAUAACGAGAAACUGGACAACCAGCGACUGAAAAAUUUCAAAAAUAAAGGUCGCGAUUUGGAGACGAUGAGAAGACAGCGCACAGAGGUGGUCGUCGAACUGAGAAAGAAUAAGAGAGACGAGCACCUCUUGAAGAGGAGGAACGUGCCGAAUGAGGACAUCUGUGACGACUCUGAUGUUGACGGGGAUUUCAGGACGCAAAACACCUCAUUGGAGGCAAUUGUCCAAAACGCCACCAGUGACAACCAGGGCAUUCAGCUGAGUGCAGUGCAGGCUGCCAGGAAACUGCUAUCGAGUGACCGCAACCCUCCCAUAGAUGAUCUGAUAAAGUCUGGUAUUCUGCCUAUUCUUGUGCACUGCCUAGAUAGGGAUGACAAUCCAUCUCUGCAGUUUGAGGCAGCCUGGGCUUUGACCAACAUCGCUUCAGGGACCUCAGAGCAAACACAGGCAGUGGUGCAGUCCAAUGCAGUUCCCCUGUUCCUAAGGCUGCUCCACUCUCCCCACCAGAAUGUGUGUGAGCAAGCUGUGUGGGCUUUGGGCAAUAUAAUCGGUGAUGGUCCCCAGUGCAGGGACUAUGUGAUCAGCCUAGGUGUUGUCAAGCCCCUGCUGUCCUUCAUCAGCCCAUCCAUUCCCAUCACCUUCUUGCGCAAUGUCACCUGGGUCAUGGUAAACCUGUGUCGCCACAAGGAUCCACCUCCACCCAUGGAGACCAUCCAGGAGAUCCUGCCUGCCCUGUGUGUCCUGAUUCAUCACACAGAUGUCAAUAUCCUUGUGGACACAGUGUGGGCUCUGUCUUAUCUGACUGAUGCUGGCAAUGAGCAGAUCCAGAUGGUCAUUGACUCUGGCAUUGUUCCUCACCUGGUACCCCUCCUUAGCCACCAGGAGGUCAAAGUUCAGACUGCAGCGCUGCGUGCAGUGGGGAACAUUGUGACUGGCACAGACGAACAAACACAGGUGGUGUUGAACUGUGAUGCCCUGAGUCACUUCCCUUCUUUGCUUGCACACCCCAAGGAAAAAAUAAACAAGGAGGCAGUGUGGUUCCUGUCCAAUAUCACAGCUGGGAACCAACAGCAGGUCCAGGCAGUUAUUGAUGCCGGUCUGGUGCCUAUGAUCAUCCAUCUGCUCGACAAGGGAGAUUUUGGCACUCAGAAAGAGGCAGCUUGGGCCAUCAGUAACCUUACAAUCAGUGGCAGAAAAGACCAGGUGGCGUAUCUGAUCCAGCAGCAGGUCAUUCCACCAUUCUGUAACCUACUGACAGUCAAGGAUGCUCAGGUGGUGCAGGUGGUUCUGGAUGGACUGAGCAAUAUUCUGAAAAUGGCUGAUGAAGAGGCAGAGACCAUCGCCAAUCUGAUUGAGGAGUGUGGAGGACUGGAAAAAAUUGAACAGCUGCAGAAUCAUGAGAAUGAGGACAUCUACAAACUGGCUUACGAAAUCAUUGAUCAGUUCUUCUCGUCUGAGGAUAUUGAUGAGGACUCUAGUCUGGUUCCAGAGUCCAUCCAAGGUGGAACAUACGGAUUUAAUUCAUCAGCCAAUGUGCCAGCAGAGGGAUUCCAGUUCUAGAAGGGUGACAUGAAAUCUGGAGAUUUGUUUGCGAUGCAGCACUCUAACAUGUACAAAAAAAAUUAAUUAGGAGAGAAAGAGAGAAGUGCGCGAAUGUGAGAAAUUAGAUCCAUUGUGCUUGGCUCAUGGGAUCCAUGGCUGCAUCUAAUCCAAGAGAAAUUGUGUGGAUUUCGUUUGGCAUCCUGGCGUGAAUCCAGUCCAAAUGAAGUAUGUGACGGCGAGUGGGUGCGAGUGAGAAUGAGUGGGCUACUAAAUGUUGCAAAAACACAACCAUCUACACCGAAUGCGUUCAGAGAACAUUUCGCGAAAUGUCACACAAAUAUCAGGACGUGUCUACCAAACGACAACAAAAGCAAAUCGGCACAACAAAAAAACAAAAACAAAACACAACACGGGGAGAAACAAGAUGUUGCAACCUAGCAAUUGGAGAGAAUGACACAGACAAAACCUCUGAACAAGAAUAUACAAACAAACAAAAACAAACAAAAUGAACUGAGCAGCGGGAGGUGACAUAACAGUUGGCGUCUCCCCUCCCCACAAUGGGCCCCGCUGUGAGAGGUGUGUGCGAGUGAGCCGUUUUUGCGUAUGAAUGUAUGGACCUGGGGCCGAGGGCGCGGAGCUUACCUCAGAAAUCUCUAACUUUCGGCGCAUGUCGUUCCUUGACUGCGCUACUUGUGCAAAGUCAGCAGACGAAUGAGUGUGCGUGUGUUUGUGUGUGUGAGAGAGAGGGAGAGAGAGUGAGUGCGUGUGACUGACUGGAGGCUGUGUCAGACAAGGCUGAAUGUGGACGCAUGUGGAGAGUCACCAUCAAAAUACUAAAAGGAGCGUAAAUACAAAGUAGUAUGGAAAAAUAAAAUAAAGGAAAGCAAAAAAAAAAGAGAGAGAAGUAAACAGCAAGGAAGAAGCGGCUGAUCAGAAAAGAAGAAAAAAAAUUAAAACUUAAAGAAUAAAAAAAAAGUCAAGCAACAGCAAUGAUUUAAAAUUAAAAAAAAAAAAAAAAAGACAUCAGGUUUCUUUUUGUUUUCUUUUCUUUUUAAAUGACACUGGACUAGACUCUUAAGAGGAGAAAUGGAGGGCUGUCGUGUUUAAAAAUGAUGCACUCUGUAGCUUUUGGGAUUUGCUUUUAGUCUCCAGUGUUUUACACUUUAUUUUAGCUUCCGGAUAUAUUUUCAGUGUUUGUGUAGAACUGCAGUUUAACCCUCACAGUCCUUCAAUACAAGUACCACUGUAGUUUUGCCUUUUUCUUUUCUUUCUUUUCCUUUUUUUAUUUUUUAGAACAAGCUUGCAAGCACCCAUUCUUAUUUUUCAAUACUCUGUAUUACUCUUCUGCAUGAUAUAUUUGUUCUUUUUAUUUUUUUCUUGUAGGUUCUCUGUAGAGCCCUUGCACCUUUGGUGGAAAUAAAUGGAGAAAUAUGGCCAUUUUUAUGUAAAGUCAUGGAAAUUUCAGUCUUUACAUGUGCUGAAAUGCAAAAUAGUUUUAUGGGUUUUUACUUCUGUUAGCAAAUUACUUUAUCCUUUUUUUUUUUUUUUUUUUUUUUUAAUUUGUAAAUUGCUUUUUAUACAUUAUGUCUAUUUCCCCCCAUCCCCUUGCUCAACACUCAGUGCCCACCUGAUCGAUUCAGUCGAAUCAGUUUUGCAUACACACUUCAGGACGGUGUGUGGUGAGUGCAGAUGUAGAACUGGCACGCGUAUCCCAUCAAACUAUAUGCAUAAUACAAAUACAAUAGAAAUCUUUUUUUUUCUUUUUCUUUUUUUUUUUUACACGUGUAUAUAUAGAUAGUCCUAAUUAAUGUCAAGCCACAUUAGAGGUGUAAUCCUUCAUGAUAGUUUCAAUGAUUUGAAAUAAACGACCUGCCUCUUAUUUUGGGGUGUUGUUUUUGGGAGGAAAUGAUUUUCAUAGCGUCACGCUCCAGCUCCCUGAAGUCUCUGGUGUCCUACAGACUGCUGUCUGGUGCCUUCUUUCUAGAGCACAAGUAAAAGGAGAAAAAAAAAUGCAUGAACAAAACAGUGGUGUUCUUGAGUACACAAUGUUGUCAUUUUUCCCUUCUAGGUCCUUUUUAUUUUUUGGAAUUUUUAUUAUUAUUUUUUUUGUGUUGAAAUUUCACAACACUGUAGAGAUGGAUUACUCUUUGUGGUCAUAACCUUCUGUUGGACAUAGGGUAUAUGUGCAGCAUUCCUCAAAGAUGCGAUUUCAUAUGUGCAGCAUUAGCAAAAAUGGGGAAAUCAUUGAAAUUAGAUGAUAUGCUUAACCUGUUGACCAUAUGACUACAGGCUAAGUUUCUUUGAUGAAAUAAAUAUUGAAACCAUA